AUGCUGCGCAACGGGGCGGCGGGCGGCGGCGGGGCCGCGGCGGGCGGCGGCGGCCACCGGCCCGUGCGCGUCUGGUGCGAUGGAUGCUAUGACAUGGUGCACUACGGCCACUCGAACCAGCUGCGCCAGGCGCGGGCCAUGGGCGAUUACCUGAUCGUUGGGGUCCACACCGAUGAGGAGAUUGCCAAGCACAAGGGUCCCCCCGUCUUUACACAGGAGGAGAGGUACAAAAUGGUGCAGGCCAUCAAGUGGGUGGAUGAGAUUGCUCCUGGAGCUCCGUAUGUCACCACGCUGGAAACCCUGGACAAGUACAGCUGUGACUUUUGCGUGCAUGGGGAUGACAUCACCUUAACUAUCGAUGGCAAGGACACCUAUGAGGAAGUAAAGACAGCAGGGCGAUACAGGGAAUGCAAGCGCACCCAGGGCGUGUCCACCACUGACCUUGUUGGCCGCAUGCUGCUCAUGACCAAGGCUCACCACAGCAACAUAGAUGAGGACCUAGACUAUCGGAAGCACACUGACAACUUUGGGAAGGGGCCCAAGGGUCACAGUCCCUGGACUGGUGUCUCGCAGUUCCUGCAGACAUCCCAGAAGAUCAUCCAGUUUGCAUCAGGGAAGGAGCCCCAGCCAGGAGACACCAUCAUCUACGUGGCUGGAGCCUUCGACCUGUUCCAUGUUGGCCACGUGGAUUUCCUGGAGAAGGUUCACCAGUUGGCAGAGAAGCCCUACAUCAUUGCUGGGCUGCAUUUCGAUCAGGAGGUGAAUCGCUACAAAGGGAAGAACUAUCCCAUCAUGAACAUCCAUGAGCGAACCCUCAGCGUCCUGGCCUGCAGGUAUGUCUCAGAGGUGGUGAUUGGAGCUCCCUACGCUGUCACUGCUGAUCUGCUGGAUCACUUCAGGGUGACGCUUGUUUGCCAUGGGAUGACUGAGGUGGUGCCGGACAAGGACGGUUCUGAUCCAUAUGAGGAACCAAAGCGACGUGGCAUUUUCCAGCUGGUGGACAGUGGCAGCAAUCUCACCACAGAUCUAAUUGUGCAAAGAAUCAUCAAGAACAGGCUGGAGUUUGAAGCUCGCAACCAGAAGAAAGAAGCCAAAGAGCUGGCUGUGCUGGAGGCCAUGAGGAGGCUGGAGCAGGAGAAGCACUAGGCUGCAGAGGGGCGUGUGUGAACCACCGAGAGCUGCAGCUUCACCCUCUGCGAGAGCAGCUGCUCCGUAGGAAAGGAGCCCUGAAGGGGGCAGCCCUGCUGGCACGCAGGAUGUGCUGCCCUAGCUCCUCCUGCACUAAUUACGCAGACAUAACGAGUUGGGAUUCCGUUGCCUAGUUUUAUCUCCGUUAAUCAGUCCCUGUCCCUUUUCCCAGGAGGAGAUUUGACAAAACAAAAAGGUUUUAAUUAUAACUAAUGUUUUAACACGUUGAUGUGCUUUUACCUUCCGCCGUUUCUGGCUCUUAGUCGGAGGGAAGUGGAGGAGCUGCCCGCGCCCCUGCCCUGCCAGCCCGGGCUCAGCAGUGCAGAGCAGCCCUGGGCAGGGCUUGGGGGCUGCACGGGCCCUGGGAGCAGCCUGGGAACAGGACAGGGCUCCUGGGCUUCCCUGCAGCUCUGCUCGGGAACCAGGGGCUGCCUCUGCUCAGCCCCUGCCCACAGCCAGAGCUGCCCUGGGCAGUUCCUUUGCUGCAGGUGCAGCCAGGUCAGGCAUUUCUGCCCACGAGGCACAGGGAUCCUGUCCCCAAAGGCUGUCCCUUGCAAGGCAGCAGGACCCAGUGCCCAUGUGGGCUGUGCUGAUGGAGUAGCUGAGGGCAGGGCCUGGCCAGGGGCAGGUUUGGGGGUGUCUCCUGAUGGCUGACAUGCAGCGUGCUGCCUCCAAGGGCAGGUGCAGCCUGCGAGAUGGGUCCUGAGCUGUGAGCCCCCUCUGCCUCUCACAUUCCAGGAUCCUGGGCUGGGGAUCCUGAGCAGCUCACUGCACUGUGCCAGAUGGUCCUGCCGGGCUGUGUCUGGUGUCCUCUCUCUUGUAAACUUUUGUUGCUGAUCAUUAAUAAAAUGUUGAAGAGUU